AUGCCGUCUCACAAUCCAGGCGUCAAGGAGCUUGCCUCGAGAAUUGGCUUGCGCGGCAUUUGCACUGCAAAAAAAGGCGACAUGAGUGCACACCCGACUUUGCAGCUCUUCUGGGAGAAGGUUUCUAAGUUGUGCAAGAGCCAAUACAUGCGCUCAUGCGAAGACAUCCGGGAAGCAGAGGACAUUCAACGAGCAGCACUGGAGAUGUUCAACGCAUACGCCCCUGAGCUUUGGAAACGUCCGACGCAUGGCGAGACUCGUGGCUGGCUUUACUCUCCUGGAGAAGGAUGGGCAGCAUGCUCACGCUACACACGCGAUCUCUUCUACGACUCGCAGAGUGACCGUGAAUUCCUCCGGACCACUCUCACUGAACUGAUUAUCAAACGAAUCCUCAAUCAUCACAAGCGACACUAUCGGCAGUCUCUACGGUACUCGUCGGAAGCCAGCUUCGGUCCGGAUGCGAGUCUCGCAGGUUCAUCUUUCCAGUGCUUUGGCAGCGGACUCCCGAUCACGAACCAUCAAGACGCUACAUGGCCCAACGAGCAGGGCAUUUGGCUCGGGUCGUAUGAUGAAGAAAAGGAGCAAGUCAAUGGGAUGUCAUUCGAAGAGCUCAACUCCAAAUACUUUGACGAUACCACAGGAGGCACACAGACAACUGGAGUUGAACCUGAGGUGUUCGCUUGCUCGGAAGAGCCAAUGGAGAUGAUCGUUCAAUGCAAAGCAUGCGCAACGAAAGGCCAUUCAACCGCCUUGACUGCCGAAAUAUGGGCUUUUGAGUGGUCGGAAUCUGACACGGCCACACACAUGUCGUUCAGUGUCUGGACGUACCCUUGUUUUCUCAACGGCAAGAAAGUGUUCGCAAUACUCAAGCCGGUACCAGAACACGAAUUGAAACGCCUUGGAUCUGCAAAACUCUGGCAAUUCUGGCUUAUCGACGGAGGAUACACGAAAACAACAUUUCUUGCACAGACUCAGGGUCCUGUUGCUCUAUCCCACAACGCUGGCGCAACUGCUUCCAUACUCCAAAAUGAAAGACCUCAGUAUGCCAGAAAAAGCACUCCGACAACUGGUGCGAUUGGUGGUAAGGGCAAGAAGCGCGCUCGGGAAUACAGUUCUACGAACAGAGCCGAAGAAAUCUUCAGAAGCAUCCGCAAACAGUGUGUCGAGCACUCCGAUCGCUCUGGAUCUCCUCCGAAGGGUGGCAAUGAUUGGGAUAGCAUGUAUGACGUUACACCCCGACCUGAUCUUGACACGACACGCAAGACAGCAAACACCAUGGCAACAAGGCCAGCAGGUUCAGGGCAGCACGUACGGACAGGCGUGGGAGAGCCCAAUAUCGGCAGCGGUGUUGAUCGUCAGGGCACGGCGCAAGCUGAUCAGGCCUCCUCAUUGUUUGCGCACGCCGCUGGAUUACCCUCGUCCUCCGGCCGCCCAUCGGAAAGAGCCCCUUUACUCACCAUUACCCCGCCGCUCCAACCCGAGAUACGCUUCGAACUCUGGAUGAGAUCUUCUGCAAUCAAAGGCGUCAAGAUUGUCAUGCUGUCCGACAGGCUUGCCGUGGAAGACGUCUUCGCUGCCGCCCACAAGAAGAUUGGCAAGAGACUUGGAGAUAGGGAAGGCAGAGAUAUCACGGGAAUUCUCGUAGAGAUUCCCGGCGAGAAUGAUCCGAUCUGCGUCGAACAUGACGGUGCCGAUGAGUGGGAUGCGGUGCUUCGCAGCGUGAAAGACGCUGGUCUUGUGAAGCUGUAUGGAACUGUCGAGUGCGAGGCUUGA